UUGGGAGUGUCCGGCGACGUAUCUCCUCCCGCGCCUACGCGUCACCGCAUGCUUUCGAGCACUAACGCCAGCCAGCUGCGGCUUUUCUUGUCCGACCAGAAUGCUGCCGACUUUUCACGAUCGCGCGUUCGAGGCACAGCAGAGAAAGAUAGAGAUGAACCGAGAGGCUUCGUCGCCGUUCAAGACGACCUGUAAGCAGCAUCUCAACCGUCUAUUCUCUCACGUACCGUGGCGAUCCUGGGGUUGCAGUUCUUGCAGGCCGACUACACAAUAAGGAGAGGGAAGGCCAGACCAGUAGGGUGGUAGCAUUGCAGAAACAGCAGAGGACCCGAGAAGGCCUGCCUGGUGGCUUUCCUUCCUCUCCUCUGUCUGUAGCCUCUCUCUGUCUCUGCAGCCACCAACAAUCUCUGCGGCUUCUAUUUGACAAGAUUCUUUUCUGUUGUCCUCUGCCUCUUCAUCUUCCCCGCCCAUGAAACGCAGGAUCCAUCACAUCCAUUAAUUGUCUCCCUUCGCUUCCAUUGUUAUCACUGGCGCACGUUAAUCUAGAAACCCCCAAUCUCUAGAAGGAGGCCGCUCUGUACCACAAGUGUACCUCGUGUCAGUCACAACCAAGUCAGUUUUAACUGGGUUUUCUUGUUUAACAAGGAAGAAGAAGUCGAUUUGUAAUUUACUCCGGACGGAAGAUGCAAGGAGGCGGAGGCGGAGCCAUGGUGGCGAAACAGUUAGGAGGGGAGAGGAAGGGAGCUGGGCCGGCAGCGAGGCCGCCGGAGGAGCCGCUGAGGUGCCCGCGCUGCGACUCGCUAAACACCAAGUUCUGUUACUACAAUAACUAUAGCCUGGCGCAGCCCCGACACUUCUGCAAGACGUGCAGGCGUUACUGGACCAAAGGCGGUGCUCUGAGGAACGUACCAAUAGGUGGAGGGUGCAGAAAGAACAAGAGGAGCGGAACCAGGGCUUCCUCCGGGCCAAGCUCCUCUUCUCAGAGGAGCCUCACCGUCGCCGAAGAGGACUCCAGGACUCAGCUUGCCGGUGGAGUGACUUCCCCACUCUCAUCCUCCUCCACCUCUUCCUCAUCUCUCAUCCAUCCGUCGGAAAGCAGCACCACGAAACUGUUCCAUGGCUUGUCUUCCUCAUCCUCCAUGGACUUUCAUGUUCCUGGACUGCCCUUCAUCAGGCCUCAACCUGGUGCCUUUAACCAGUUCCCUUCCUUUGGUGUUCUUCCACCUACUUCUUCUUCUUCUUCCUCAUCUUCUACGAGGGUGAAUUCAUCUACUUUGAUAUGCCCUCCUGCCAGUUCAGUAAGGCAUGGUGGGACUAGUCUCUGCGGUGGGGCUUUCAGUGGAAUGGACUCCCAGCAGAACAUGCACAGCACGAUGGCAGCUUCAAUGGAGUCACUAAGCGCCAUGAACGCAGAUCUUCAUUGGAAGUUGCAGCAGCAACGUCUGGCGAUGCUGCUGGCGGAAGGGCAGCAGCACAAGGAGACGACCGUGAGCGGCUUUGUAAUCGGGACGCAUCAUGGGCUUGAUCAACAGCAUCAACAUUCACAGAAACCGAGCAUUGAGAACCCAAACUAUCAGAGAAGUAAUGAGCUUUCCAGUAACGGAAGCAACAUUGAAGAGACAAGGGAGACGACGAAUGAAUGGCCUUUUGGGAGCUGGAGCUCGUGGGAUGACUUCCAUCAGUAUAAUUCGCUGCCUUAGUGGAAGAAACAAAUCCAGAAGAAGACAUAUACUGUUUUUGCAAAGUGCAGAAGAAAUUGAUAGGUACGGACUUGUCAAAAGUUUUCGAAUUUGCUCUUUAAAUUUCUCUUUUUCGGUUUAGCUUUCUUUUAAUUUCCUUUUCUUUCUGUCGGUUGUUGGUUUA